AUGCCCCGCACAUACGGCAAGAAAAAGCAGACGCGGCUGGCUUUUGCUCCGUUGAGCUCCUCGCCGAAGAGAGAGGACGACUCCGACGACGAGAAAGAUCGCCGCGCAAACUUGCGCUAUGCGCAUCCUUCCAUGCCAGUCCUCCGACGAGGACGCUCUCAGCCUGAAGCAAAAUCAACGCCCCAACGUACCCCGGAACCCAAAGCAGAACCAGUUAGCGACAGUGAUAGCGAUAUAGAGAUCGUGCGCAGCACGCGCAAAAACCCGCAAAGAGGACCACUAAAGCGCAAGAGGACAGAUGUAUCCAGUUCCGAAUCUCCUUCCGCGACCCCGCAGAAACCCGCUGCCGAUUCAGAGAGCGAUGCAGAUGAGGUUGUUCCAGCGUCUCGCAGGAAACUGAGGCGUGGUGUGGCCCCUCAGCCUGCUACCGUGGAUGACGAUAACGGUUCGGAAGAAGAGUUGGUCAUCUCUCCUAAGAAGCGCAGGAUGCGCAACGCAAGCCCCGACGUCCCCAAGACGCCGCGUCGCGGGCUGGAACAGGACGAAUUAGAUAUAGAAGAAGACCUUCAGGCGUUGCAGGACUCAGAUACCCGAACUCGGGGGCGACUGGCCAACUCGGCACGGGCUCAGAGACAACAACACCUGGAAGCCUUACGUCGUCGGAGGGCAGGAAAGACAGCAUCCGAUACUGAGAACCCUGAGAGUGAUGUUGAGCAGUUGGAGUCGGGCGACGGCGACAGCGAAGGUGACAGUGACGGUGACGGUGACAGCGGAAGUGAACAAAAGGACGAAGCCGAGACUCAUGAAGAGAGCCCGAAACGGAAGCCCCAAUUCCGUACUCGACUAGAAGAAAGUGAUGUUGAAUCUGCGAUCGCAAGCAAUGAUGAUCUGGACCGCUACGAAGACGACUUCGUGUUGGAAGACGAUGAUGAUACCCUAGGGGCUCCCACGGGCCUAGAAGACAUCCCCAUCGAAUUCUCCCGACAUGCUUACAAGCAACUCAAGGACUACUUCCAAGAUGCAGUAGAAUGGAUGGUGCACAAUCAGCUCAACCCGGCAUUCCCUCGCUCCGACCCAGUCUACGAAGUCGCCUUCAGCAAACUCGAAGACGAAGUCAAGGGCCGUACUGGAUCACAGCUCGUCUCAUCAGUUUGGAAUGCCAAGUUCCGGAGAGCCCUCUUAGCCCGGCCUCAGAUCGAGAUCACAACCUUUCCGACAAUAGAGAACCAUUCAUGCGAUGCUUGCAACCGCUCAGGUCAUCCAGCUUCAUUCGACAUCAAACUAUACGGGAAAGCCUAUUCACUGAAAACCCUUGAACCGCUUACCGACGAAGACAGCGACGAGGACGAAGAAGAGGAACACGAAGAUGAUGACCACGAAGAAAGAGACCGAGACGGCCACAUCCUACCAGACGAAAACACGCGCUUCUUCCUCGGACGCCACUGCAAAAACAAAGCAACUCUAGCUCACACCCUAACCCACUGGCGCUUCCACCUCAACGAAUGGGUGACCGGCUACCUCGAACACCGGGGAUACCUAUCCGAGACGAGAAUCGUGGAACGCAGCCACUGGAGCACGAAGAAGAAAACCAAGUACGCCGUGAAAGCAGUCAAAUCAAUGAUAGCGAAUGGUGAAGUCAAGAAAUUGUGGCGCGAUUUUCACAUUAAUCUACGGACUGCAAGAGAAACCACGUAUAGUGCAAGCUUCUAG